AGUGGCGCAAGUGCGUGUGCGUGCGCACCCCCCAGUGAAGAUGGAGGACGACGAUGUGAUGUCAGCACUUGACCGCAGCAUCACCACUUAGCUUCUAUUAGCUUCCAUUAGCUUCCAUUAGCCUCCGGUGGCAGCUGCUAACAUGCUAACUGCUGCCCGAACAAGCUAAGGGCAGCUAGCACGAGCUAGCAGGAAGAAAUAGGAGCUAACAGCAGCUAGCAGAAGCUAACAGCAGCUAAAAGGUCGCUGAUGCCGGUCAUGGACCUGUGAAAAAAAUGACUGGUCCAACCAAGGCCAGACAGCCAUGAACCCCCAGGACACAGAGCAGGGCAAGGUUCUUACACUUGAGUCCGGUGCAGCACCUCGCCAGUACCACAACAGCAGAUCUGGCUCCAACCAAGAACGAUCCAAGCGCUGUGACACAGCGACCCAAGGAGGCGCCGGCUGCAGAGCCAGUGGGUCUCAGCCCCACAGCCCCCAAGAGCACGACAUGGAGACGCAACAUGGAGCCAAGCAGCCCAUUCCCCGCCCUGCUGUGACACGUUACCGCAGACAGGGGGACAGUGAGGCCCACAUCAGAGCCCAGCAGCAAAGGCACCGGCAGAGACAGCAGAGAGAGACGGAGAGAGCACAGCUGCUAGCACAACAAGAUACGGCCCAGGAAGACGAUGGAGAGAGGGAUGAUUCAGUGUUGGCCCGCUCUGCCAGCACUGAGAGCGGCUUUCAUACCCAUACAGACCGGGCGGAGGGCGAUGAUAGCCUGGUAAUGGUGUCACUGGAGCCUGGGCUGGAGGACGACACCACCAACUAUGGACUUCAGCUACGUCCGGAAGCAGAGGGCUACACUGAGAGAGCUGAAUCUGAACAGCAAUCAAACUACCCACCUCUACCGUGCCAUCAACAGUCUAACCCACAGAGACAGGACGAGUCCAAGGCUACAUCCACCCCAGGACACCCCAACUACAUCUGUACUCCAUCUGCCAGCAUCUCUGGAGGACAUGUGGACAUGACAGACGUGGAGCGUAUAGAUGCCGAAGCAGCAGAAGAAGCAUACUCGGAACCUUACGACAUUUACUCCCUUUCUGAGCACGUGUACGAGGAAAUCUGUGACGCUACGUUGGUUUCUUCAGCAGCAGAAGGAGCUGAAGACAGAGAUUCUCUCCAGCAGAGAAGAGCUAACUUCCGUCUGUUGGACGGCCAGGCGGCAUCUGGGGACUACCAGCAGCAGCAAGAGACUGUGGGAUCCCGUCUGCGACAUUAUGACGAACGCUCAGACGGAGAGUCUGACAGUCCAGAGAAAGAGGCGGAAUUCGCCCCGUACCCUCGUGCUGACAGCUGUGAGCAGGAGGAAGACUUUGACAGCCUCGUGGCGCAGGUGAAAGACAGCCAAAGCUUGACGAGUCUUCAGUGUAUUACUGAAGACUUUGUCCAUGAAGACGUAGAGUGUGAACUACUCCGAUCUGAUGACCAAACUGAUUCUGAUAAAAGUGUCCAAGAUGCCAAGCGGAGCAAAACGCAGACUUUUAGUCCAUCAGAGGAGAUGGCCGCAGUCCGAAAUAGCCAAGAGAAGCGGGAUGCUAUAUCUCUGGCCAUCAAGGACAUCAAGGAGGCCAUAGAGGAGGUGAAGACCCGAGCAGUGAGGUCUCCUUACACUCCCGAUGAACCAAAGGAGCCUAUUUGGGUCAUGAGGCAAGACCUCAGCCCCACUGCAGAGUGUGACCUGCAAUUGUCGCUUGGGGGGGAUGUGGAGAAGCUUGAAGAAGGCCAAGCCAGAGAGACCGAGCAACAUGACGAAGAAGAGUCUCCUGGUUCUGGGUCUCCUUCUCCUUGUGGAGCAGAAUCAUCCAGCAGACUUUUGCUGGCCGAUGACAGCUUGGAAGCGUCUGCGUCCAGUAAAGAGUGCAGAAGAAGUCUUGCAUCGUUCCCCACGUAUGUUGAAGUACCAGGCCCAUGUGACCCAGAAGACCUGAUUGAUGGGAUCAUCUUUGCCGCCAACUACCUGGGAUCUACUCAGCUGCUGUCAGACAAGACCCCGUCCAAGAACGUCCGCAUGAUGCAAGCCCAAGAGGCGGUCACCCGCAUCAAGACGGCUCACAAAGGAUCUCAGAACAGAAAGAAGGUCCCUGAGGAUGAAGGCCAGCCAAUGACGGAGGUUGAUCUCUUCAUCUCCACCCAGAGAAUUAAAGUACUUAAUGCUGACUCCCAGCCACAGGAGACCAUGAUGGACCAUCCUCUGCGCACCAUCUCUUACAUCGCUGACAUCGGCAACCUGGUGGUUCUGAUGGCCCGCCGGCGUUUGGUCCGCCAGGACUCUCAGGACAACAUGGAGGCCUCAGAGCCAGAAGUGGACAGCAAGCGCCAGUACAAGAUGAUCUGUCACGUCUUUGAAUCCGACGACGCCCAGCUCAUUGCUCAGUCUAUUGGGCAGGCCUUCAGUGUGGCUUACCAGGAGUUCUUGAGGGCCAACGGCAUCAACCCCGAGGAUCUGAGCCAGAAGGAAUACAGCGACCUGCUCAACACGCAGGACAUGUACAACGAUGACCUCGUUCACUUCUCCAAGUCGGAAAACUGCAAAGAUGUGUUACUGGAGAAAGCGAAAGGCGAGAUAUUGGGUGUGGUCAUCGUGGAGAGCGGCUGGGGUUCCAUCCUGCCCACCGUCAUCAUCGCCAACAUGAUGCACGGCGGGCCAGCAGAGAGGUCUGGCAGACUGAACAUCGGGGAUCAGAUCAUGUCCAUUAACGGUACCAGUUUGGUGGGUCUGCCACUGUCCACCUGUCAGAGUAUCAUCAAGGGUCUUAAAAACCAGUCCCGCAUCAGGAUGAACUUGGUGAGAUGUCCUCCAGUGACCACGGUGCUCAUCAGGCGACCAGACCUCCGCUACCAGCUGGGCUUCAGUGUCCAGAACGGCAUUAUCUGCAGUCUGAUGCGUGGUGGGAUUGCUGAAAGGGGCGGAGUCAGAGUGGGUCACCGCAUCAUUGAGAUCAACAGCCAGAGUGUGGUCGCCACACCCCAUGAAAAAAUUGUCCAGGUCCUGUCCAACGCAGUGGGAGAGAUCCACAUGAAGACGAUGCCAGCAGCCAUGUAUCGCCUGCUCACGGCCCAGGAGCAGCCAGUUUACAUUUAACUGCCGCACGUUUCAAAGCUUCUAUUGUCUGGUGAUGGACCUAAGUGAGCUGGAGUCUCUCCCAGCUGAGUUGGGCUGACAGGUGAGGUCCACCUUGGUCACCAUGCCAGCCAAUCACAGAGCUCAUACGGAUAAAAAGAAAUUCAUCACAAUUCAAUCACAAUUACUCAAUUUUAUUGAUUCUUUUUUCUCCACUCUUGUUUUAAAUAAAACUUUACUCAUAUGUUAAACGUUUUCCAAAAAAGUUAUUGAUGGCAUUUUUUUCUUUAGCCAUGUGUUGAUGAUAUAGUUAAUGAUGGCAUUAUCUUCUUUAGCCAUGUGAUGAUGUAUCAUGAUGGCAUUAUUUUUAUCCAUGUGAUGAUUUAUCAUGAUGGCAUUAUCUUCUUUAGCCAUGUGAUGAUGUAUCAUGAUGGCAUUAUCUUCUUUAGCCGUGUGAUGAUGAUACAUAAUGAUGGCAAUAUCUUCUUUAGCCAUGGGAUGGUGAUAUAUCAUGGUGUCAUUAGCUUCUUUAGCCAUGUGAUGAUAUAUCAUGAUGGCAUUAGCUUAUUUAGCCAUGUGAUGAUGAUAUAUCAUGAUGCAAUAGAUUCAUUAGCAAUGUUAUGAUGAUAUAUCAUAAUGGCAUUAGCUUAUUUAGCCAUAUGAUGAUGAUGUAUCAUGAUGGUAUUAUCUUCUUUAGCCAUGUGAUGAUGAUAUAUCAUGAUGGCAUUAGCUUCUUUAGCCAUGUGAUGAUGUAUCAUGAUGGCAUUAGCUUAUUUAACCACAUGAUGAUGAUGUAUCAUGAUGACAUUAUCUUCUUUAGCCAUGUGAUAAUGAUAUAUCAUGAUGGCAUUAGCUUUUUUAGCCAUGUGUUGAUGAUAUACCAUGAUGGCAUUAGCUUUUUUAGCCAUGUGAUGAUGAUAUAUCAUGAUGGCAUUGUCUUCUUUAGCCAUGUGAUGAUGGUAUAUCAUGAUGGCAUUAUCUUCUUUAGCCAUGUGAUGAUGAUAUAUCAUGAUGACAUUAUGUUCUUUAGCCAUGUGAUGAUGAUAUAUCAUGAUGGUAUUAGCUUAUUUAGCCAUGUGAUGAUGGUGUAUCAUGAUGACAUUAUCUUCUUAAGUCAUGUGAUGAUGAUAUAUCAAGAUGGCAUUAGCUUAUUUAGCCAUGUGAUGAUGAUAUAUCAUAAUAGCAUUAGCUUCUUUAGCCAUGUGAUGAUGAUAUAUCAUGAUGGCAUUAUCUUCUUUAGCCCUGUGAUGAUGAUAUAUCAUGCUGGCAUUAUCUUCUUUAGCCAUGUCAUAAUGAUAUAUCAUGAUGACAUUAUCUUCUUUAGCCAUGUGAUGAUGAUAUAUCAUGCUGGCAUUAUCUUCUUUAGCCAUGUCAUGAUGAUAUAUCAUGAUGACAUUAUCUUCUUUAGCCAUGUGAUGAUGAUAUAUCAUGAUGGUAUUAGCUUAUUUAGCCAUGUGAUAAUGGUGUAUCAUGAUGACAUUAUCUUCUUAAGUCAUGUGAU